CGCCUCAUUCAUUCGGCAAGACCUCUGAAUGCACGCGGCACAGCACUUGCCACUUGGUCCUGGACUGCUCACCCCGAGUACAUAAUUAUUUCCUGCAUCCGAUUUUCUUUUGCUCUUUGCGGCGAAGUGGUCUCAUGAUUCUGGGGAGGAUAUUAUGUUCGUCGCUUGCACCUACAAGAUUAUGUAAAUACAAGGCAUGCAGUACUCGUACUCGCUAUUUGUCGUACAAAUAGUCAUUUGCUGAUAGCUAGUCAGUACGGAUAACGGUGUGCGACUAGGGAUCUUAUUAGCGUCUCGGACACCAAUCUUGGUUUGUUCAUCACGGAUCGGAUUGCAUGCAACGCGACGACUCAGCUUGGGUAGAUCGGCGACGGUUUCUCGGCUGAGAUCGGUGAGCGUAACUACUUUACUCAUAGCUACGUGUGCUGGCUACGGAUAGCUUGCUGACGGUGCCUGCACUGCUGCCCACUUACGGUUUCUGCAUGGUGGUCGGACGUACAUGAUUGUAGUGAUGGCGAAUCAUGACACGAUAACGGAUCAACUCCUCUUCAGAUACCGGUGGUAUCAUGGUAUUAUAACUCGAGAUGAAGCUGCCCGAAGGCUGACCGUGAACUCGUUCCUGGUCAGGAAAUGCAGUAGAAAUGGAUCCUACGUCAUAUCGAAACGAACCUACUACAAUGAUGUCCUUCACAGUCAAAUAUUCGAGCGACAUGGUUCGUAUUACCUGCAUGGCCAGAAUGUUGACUUCACGUCUGUGCAGGGUCUUAUCAAGUACAAUCACCAAAGACUGGGACAUCGGCAAGCUUGCAAUGAGUCACCGCCGAAUUACGACACCCUUCAACUAGAGCUUCCGGAUGGCAGUUCACCUGCGGCGGCGGCAGCAGCCCUGGGACGACACUCACCGGUGGGCCAUUGCAUGACGGCAAGCAGAGAUGUUGAGUCAGUGGCAGUCAGCGGAGCUCCGAACUGCACACCCACACCACCGUCACAACCAUCACCAUCACCGUCCCAUGCCACGGCACAGCAGAGCGAUGGCAAGCGCUGUGCCCCUGCCUGCGGUGUAUGCUGCACUCAAUGCAUGGAAUGUACCUAUGGCAACCUGUGCUGCUGCGAAGCCUCGAGCGUCUGCGCGCGCUGUUGGCAUGACGAUAUGGUACAGAAGGUCGUUGAUUGUUGCUGUAUACAGGAAGGCGAUGGUAGUAAUUGUUGGGACUUGGCAUGUAAUUGCUGCUUUGAGUACGACUCCGAGUUGGCAACCACAUGGCCCAUGCACCAUCAGGGAUAUUUCUACAAGGUUAUUCAUGUCCUGUCAUAUAUCGUCGCCGCCCUGAUCCUGCUGUCCGUGUCUCCCGUGCUGGUUCUCGUCUUUCUCUGCGUGCGUGCUGCGAAGGCUGCGAGGGCGAGUUAGACAUUCCGUAGAGUGGCCCGUGUAACUUCGAGUGGGCCAGUCCAGGGCUGUACUGCAAGUACGUGCACUUCCGAGUAAGGCUGACGGUAUACGGUAUGUGAUUGUCAGAGCAUGAUACACAGAUCGACAAGACACAAGGCUAGGUUGUGGCAACUCUGAGUCAGUUCAUGCGGUAACUGUAUGCGAUUGUCAGGCGUACAGUCAAACCUCGCUUUUCCGAUCCUCUUUUAUCCGGAUCCCUCGCCAUCCGGAAGAAAAUCGUUGGUUACUGAUUUACAGCACAAUGUCAUACAUACACACAUACAUAUAGGAUGUGUGUUUAAUUAUCCGGUUCCCUAGCUCGCCUGUCCAGAUAUUUUUUUGUGGAAAAUGGGUGUGUGCGAUUAAGCGAGGUCUGACUGUAUGACAUUCUCAAUACAAUGAUGAUGACAUUGCGCAGCCAGCCAUAGACAUCGCAGACUCCCGAUUGGUAUCAUCGAUCAAAAUUAUUAUUAGCAUGAUGAACUUGAUGGUUACAACUUUGCGUAUGGCCUUUUCUCCAGAUUGAUGCAAUCGUUAAUUUCUAUUGACAUUGAGUUGACAUGAGUUCCCACACCAUCUUACAGAGAACUUUAGCUUACUCGAUAUCAAUUUUCUUAUUGUCUGUUAAAUCCAACGCAGCUCCUUAUACUUGUACUUGUAGAACUCCCUUCUCUUCA